CACAAAGUUUCGCAGCUUUUCUAAGCGGCAGCGGAGGAACAGGCUGGGUUGUUUCUUCACGGUUCUCAUGUGUGUUAUAAGUCCCGCCUCCCGCUCUGAGCUCCUCACGUUCAGAGAAACAACACAGUCCGAGAAACAUGGCAGAAGAAGCUCCAGCAGCUGCACCGGUUAAGGCUCCGGCCAAAGCCCCAAAGAAGAAGUCCGCUCCCCGGGCCAAGAAGGACGGGCCCAGCCUCCCGAAACUCCUCGUGGCCGCUGUGGCCGAGUCCAAGGAGCGCAAGGGGGUGUCCCUGGCGGCUCUUAAGAAGGUGCUGGCCGGGAAAGGAGUGGAUGUGAGCAAGGCGAACAAGCGCAUCAACACCGCCAUCACCACGCUAGUCACUAAAGGGACGCUGAGCCAGACUAAAGGGACAGGGGCUUCCGGCUCCUUCAAGCUCGCCAAGGAGCCUAAAGCCGCUAAACCAGCCAAGAAGGUGGUGAAGAAGAAGGCUCCCGUUAAAGCGAAGAAGCCCGCUGCCAAGAAGACCACCGCGGCCAAGAAACCCGCCGCUAAGAAGCCAGCAGCCAAGAAGACCCCGAAGAAGGCUCCGGCCAAGAAGGCGGUGAAAAAGCCCAGCAAGAGUCCCAAGAAGCCCGCCGCUAAGAAGCCAAAGGCCGCCAAGAAGCCCGCAGCCAAGAAAACUCCAGUGAAGAAACCUGCAGCCAAGAAGCCCGCAGCAAAGAAGGCCAAGAAGUAAACAGCUGCUGCAGCAGCAAAAAAGGCUCUUUUCAGAGCCACCACCUACUCUCUGCAGAGCACGUCCUUCCAUUACGGCGCGUAUCCAUCACUGAUGGCAAAAAUGAUCUAAAUAAUAAUAGACAACAAUUCUAGUAAUGUCUGUCCUGCUCCAUACAGUCCAAUCAGGUUUUUGAAAUUUACAGUAUCUUAAAUAGCAAUUUCAAUUCCAAUUCAGUACUUUCAUUUUUAUUAAGAAUUAAUUUGUAGAAUGUAUUGUGUUUAAAAGACAUACAUAUUAUGAUUAUUUGGUAUACUGAAGACUGUUCUCCUUAGCUAAACAGCUAAAAUCAAAUGAAAGCACACAGAAAGAGGGAAAGCUAACAGCUGACAUUUCUCCUGAAAUACAGUUAACGUGUAAAUCCAGACAGUUUUAAGAUUAUGAGUGACAAUGUUACUAAUCACAUAUUCUGUGUAAUAAAUAAAUAAAUAAAGGUCUUUUAGGAAGGGGAUGUGGCGGCCGUUUUCCUAAAAAAUGUGUGGAUUUAAGAUAUGUUCUAAUAGUGAGAAUAUAAAAUUUGGUAAAGAUAACUGAACUUAGAUGUAGUUUGUAGAUACUUCUGAAAUAUUGAUGUGAUGAAAACUAGGUCAGUGAUCCAUUAAUGAAAAAGAGCGGUUUAGAUCACGUGGAAGGAGCUGCCUGAGUUCUUCCGCUGUUCUCUUUCACGUCCGCAGCUCAGGGAUGAAUACGGUGUCUGCUGAGCUCUCCGUAUUAUCACUUUGAGUUUAUCAGAUACGAUAGCAAGAUGAGUGGCAGAGGAAAGGGAGGCAAAGGACUCGGGAAAGGAGGCGCCUAGCGUCACCGUAAAGUUCUCCGUGAUAACAUCCAGGGAAUCACCAAGCCCGCUAUCCGCCGUCUGGCUCGCCGCGGGGGAGUCAAGCGCAUCUCCGGUCUCAUCUACGAGGAGACCCGCGGUGUGUUGAAGGUGUUCCUGGAGAACGUGAUCCGUGACGCAGUCACCUACACCGAGCACGCCAAGAGGAAGACCGUCACCGCCAUGGAUGUAGUUUACGCUCUGAAGAGGCAGGGCCGCACCCUGUACGGCUUCGGAGGUUAAAUUGGACCGUUUAAACAAACACAAAAAGGCCCUUUUCAGGGCCGCCCACAUGUUCUCAUGAGCUGAUUCUCCUUAAUUAUAGGGAGUCAAACGCUUGAUAAAAGCAAAAUGAUCCAAUUCUUACUGCUGGACUUCUCCAGUACUGCCUCAGAAAAAUGUACUGUUGCAAAUGUCAAAUUAUAUUUACAAAAACUACAACAUGCACUGGAAAAUAAUCCCAUUAUUGAACCUAAUCUCAUGUGUCGUUGGUUUGAUAGAUUAUUCUAAUCUGAAAUGUCGUAUUUACUGACAAUGAUCUUAAAAGAAAUAAAGCAUGCAAGCAUCA